AUGAAGAAGAGCAGAUCAAGCUUCCAAAAAGACGCUGAACACCUGAUCAAAAAUUUCCCUCAAGCCAGGAGUAUUCUACUGCUGCCGAUCUGGGAUUCGGACAAACGAAGGUGUUUUGCUGGUACCUUGGUCUGGACCAAUGACCCAGAACUUGUAUUUACAUUCGAGAACGAGCUGAUGUAUGUUUCAGCCUUCGCAAAUAGCAUCAUGGCCGAAAUCAAUCGUCUCGAUGUGGAGAUGGCAGACAAGGCCAAAACCAGGCUACUCAGCAGUAUAACUCACGAGCUACGAACACCACUGCAUGGUAUUUUGGGCACUGCGGACAUUCUCAGUGAUACCGCCAUGAAUGCCUUACAACAAGGAAUGGUCCACACAAUUGAAUCUUGUGGCCGCACACUUCUGGACACCAUCAAUAAUUUGCUCGAUCUCGCUUUCCUUGGCCAAAAUAGGAAUCUCGAGCGCAAGAAGUCAGAAAAUAAGUUAUUACCCGCCAACAAGAAAGCAAGAAAUGAAAAAAGCAAAGACCGCAGUGAAAAGCCUGCAACUUCGCAUGUCAAGCUUGAUUCGGUGCUCGAGGAAGUUGCUGAAUCUGUUUUUGCCGGAUACAGUUUCUACAAUCACCCUAAGAUGCCACCCCCUGCCUUGACUGAUUCUUCAUCACGCUCGGCAGGUCAAACCAGCGGGUUCGACCAGGUUGGCCCACGGGCCAGGGAGCUCACAAUCAUUUUCGAUAUUCAACCUCAUACGGAGUGGGAUUUCAAUACGCACGCUGGUGCCUGGCGUCGUCUUUUGAUGAACAUCUUUGGUAAUGCGCUCAAAUAUACACAGUCGGGCUAUAUCUAUAUUGGACUGAAGUCUCGUGAAAUCACCGAGCCAUGCGGUGGAAAAUCACAGCCUCCCGACUCAUUAGAAGACCAAGAGGCCAAAUUUGAGGUCACUCUCACUGUUAAAGACACCGGCAAGGGUAUUGGAUCUGAAUAUUUGCAGAAGAAUCUCUUCCAGCCCUUCAUGCAGGAAGAUUCAUUCAUGUCUGGGAGUGGGCUGGGGCUCAGUAUUGUCCACCAAGCUGUUGGCUCACUUGGUGGCUCGAUUGAAAUCAGUUCUUCUCAGGGAGUCGGCACUGAAAUUUUGAUCCGCACGCCUCUCGAACGCUCCCUCGACAACUCAGACGAUGCUUCUUCAAGGACGGAAUUCCAGUCCAUCUUGAACUAUACGCAGGGACGGACAAUCGGGCUCCUAGGUUUUGGAUCAUCUCUUAAUUCUCAACGGGACAAGUUCUUGUAUGGAUCCCUCGAGCAAUUGUGUCACGACUGGUUUGGCUUGACUGUGACAAACGUGUCAUGCGUCCACGGCGAGCCUCUUCCCUUGGACUUCUAUUUGGCCGUGCAGACCGAGCUGGACUCUGAAGACAUAGGAGGUAGAGAUAUUUUCGCCCUCGGGAAACAUCUACACAGCACAGACGGCAACGGCUCGCCGGUCGUCGUCAUUUGCCAGUCACCUGAGGAAGCGCACCACAUGUUUAUAAUGACGAAGAACUUUGAAGAAGCACCUGUGUUUGAAUUCAUCAGCCAGCCUUGUGGGCCGCGCAAACUGGCCCGGGCACUAAACCUGUGUGUCAAGCGCCAGCGCGACUCCUCAUCUGGUCAAUCUAGCCCAGCUGAGCCGACUCGUUGGGUCGAACUUCCGGAAUUGUCUCAUUUGCCAGUCGAUCUCGAGUCCUCUGAUCCACCCUCCGAGCGGAUGAAACUCAGCAAGCGACCAACGAUGGAGACGAUGGAUACUCGAGAGAAAAGUCCACAUCAAUACUCGAUUGGAAAGAGUCGCGAUCAAUCAACCCAAAGAUCACCGCAGUCGACCUCCCCCGCGAACGGUGUGAAGGAUGUGAAUGGGGAGCAUGAGGAGCCUAAUGCCUCUGCGCCAUCUGUUCUUCUGGUGGAUGACAACGACCUAAAUCUUCAACUACUGUGCGCCUUCACGAAAAAAACUACUUACGAAUACAUGACCGCUCGCAAUGGGGCCGAGGCUGUCGAUGUUUACAAGGCGCACCCCGACCAUUUCCGAGUCAUCAUUCUCGAUAUGUCAAUGCCCGUCAUGGAUGGCUUCGAAGCUGCCCGUCAGAUUCGUGCCUUUGAGAGGGAUUACCGAGCUUCAAACCAGCUUUUGCCUCCCCUAACUAUCGUCGCCUUGACAGGGCUUGGGGGCGAAGCUGCCCAGAAAGAAGCGAGCGCUUCUGGUAUUGAUGAUUUCAUCAUCAAGCCCGUCAAAAGAGGGGACAUUUCUAAACUUCUAGAAAAGUCACACAGUCGCUAG